ACCGAUGAAUCACAGGUUCUCCAAAACUGAAAUCAGUACUGAGAGUGGAGGAAUCCACCCAUCCCACAAAGAUCCACAAAGAGGAAAGUUUAGCGCAACCACAAGCACUGAAAUUUGGCAUUCUCAAAUCCAGUUGCUGAGGAAAUCUCCUGACAGCCACCAAGCUCCUGCGGUGGGAGUCUGUCCCAGGCUUGAACUUCCUGUUUCGUCCAGCAGGUGUCCACAGCACAGCCAACUCACAGUAGGCAUCAAGCAGGAGAGAGAUUCAUUGGAACAGCUUCAUAGGAAAGAAUUUCAGUCUGGGAACAGAAUGGCUCUGGUGGAAGAUAACAUCACCAUCGAUCCUGAAAGCACCUCCACUGAGCUUGUUCUAAGUAUAAGAGAAGUCGCUGUUGAAAUAAAAAGUAAGAAGGAAAUGAAAAAACAAAAGGAGGAAAUGCAUAGAAGCAUUUUACGUGCUGUGUGUGCUCUGCUGAAUUCCCAAGGAGGCAAGAUCAGGGCUCAUAUUGAAAAUCAAGAACGUAAUUACAACAAACACGUAACAAAAGAUUUGGAGACCUCUUUCAAGGCUUUUCUGCCACUUGCUCAGAACCACCUAGACUUCAAACAGGAAGGACGUUGCUUUGUCAUCUCUGUGAAAUCAUGCAGUUUGGAUAACUCUGGUUUGAAGCCUGCCACCAUUGCAACCAAGUUGUACUUGAGAAACGGGACCUCCUGUGUUCAAAUGGACUUGUGUACUGCUCUGCAAUUUUUCAAAGACCUGGAAGACCCUGGAUUGAGAUCUCCAAUGAAAACAAUGUUCUUUAACAAAAGGCCUGGGGAAGAUGUGCGAGAACUCUGCAUCCACAAACAAGAGCUCCAUGUGCAAGAAGAGCUCCACGCGCAAGAAGAGCUCCACGCGCAAGAAGAGCUCCACGCGCAAGAAGAGCUGGAUGUGCAAGAAGAGCUGGAUGUGCAAGAAGAGCUGGAUGUGCAAGAGCUGGCUGCGGCUUUUUUUAACCAGGCAGAAGUCACAGAAGAAAAAUUCUCCUUUAGUGAAUCCAAAAAUGUUGAAUACAAAUCAUUCAAAACAAAAAAGUUGGUACAACGAGUUAAGGAUAUUCUCCCUAAAACUGUGUCUGCAUUUGCCAACACCGACGGAGGAUAUUUGUUCAUUGGUUUAGAUGAAGAAGAAAAGCAAAUAGUUGGUUUUAAAGCAGAGAAGAGUGAUCUUGAGAAUCUAGAGAGUGAAAUAGAGAAGUACAUCCGAAAGCUGCCUGUCAUUCACUUCUGUGAGAAGCAGGAGAAGAUACAGUACACAUGCAAAUUCAUCCCAGUCCUCAGACCAGGAGCUGUGUGCUCAUAUGUGUGUGCACUCAGAGUGGAGAGAUUCUGCUGUGCUGUGUUCACUGAAGCGCCCGAGUCCUGGCACGUGGAAGACAGCUGUGUGAAGAGGUUUACCUCAGAGGAAUGGGUCAAGAUCUUAAUGUCUAGCAGGCCAGGGUCAGGAAGGGGGAUUAACAAUUAGAAUACAUUUAGCUUGGGAAGUUGGAAGAAGCCACCUCUGCUCCUGUGUAAAGACAGCGCAACAUCUCCCACCUGAGCUCCACUUCAGGCAGUAGGCAUUUCUUUGAGUAGUCUGUGCCUCGGUCGUUUGCUGUUUCUCUCCCCACCUUUUCCCAUUGACUCUUCUCCCUGAGCUGUCCUCCCUUCCAGUCACAUUAUUAGACAACACAGAGCCCUAGAGUUUUUGAUGAAAAAAGUACCUUGGGUGUGUCAGGUUUGCAAAAGAAAAACCUCCACUGGGGCCAGAGCAGCACCAGCAACCCGGAGUCUGCGCAGUUCCCAACAGCUACUGCCAUCUCCUCCCAAGCUCACCAUUGCUUCACCAGCCUCCCACCUUCUUUUCCACAGCUUCUCAAUAAAUACAUAGAUCCACAAAUAAAAACCUCAGCAAUGUGCUCCCAGGAAACAGUCUUCUUGUUGUUGCAUUUGCUGAUACUCCUGGCACUGCUGUGGCCUCCGCCAGGCUGGGCACCGACUGGGCUGAAGCAAUGUGCCUUCCACUACAGCCACCUACCAAAGCUCUGCUCCAGCUGCCUUCUAGCCCCA